AUGCUGAAGGCCACAACUGUCGCUGGUAUUUCAGAUGAACAGAAUAAUGAUGACAAACGUCUUUCUUUCUGUACUGGUUUAGCAUUGGAUUCAUCCAAUGGAAUUUAUGUUUCUGAUUACCAAAAUAAUCGUAUUCAGAAAUGGGCCAUGUACGCACGGAGAUCUAAGACAGUCGCUGGCCAGAUGAAUGGAACAACAGGUUCUACUAUGGCUACUUUGAAUUUUCCUACCAAAGUCACUGUUGAUUUGAAUGGCAAUAUUUAUGUCACGGAUAGUGAAAAUCACAGAGUUCAACUUUGGUCUGAUGGUGGUAUGGCUGGCACAACAGUCGCCGGUGUUGCUGGUACGCUCAGUAAUGAAUUGAAUACUCCGUGGGGUAUCGCGACUGAUUCAAAAUCGAAUACAUUUUAUGUUUCGGAUAGUUACAACAAUCGUAUAAUGCGUUAUCAGUCCGGCUUAAUGAAUGGUACUGUAGUUGCCGGAGGUAAUGGGCCUGGAAAAGGCACAACGCAGUUGUUUCUUCCUCGUGGUCUUUAUUUUGAUUCAACAUCUAAUAGCCUGAUAAUUACUAAUUUUGCUUGUAAUAAUAUUGUUCGUUGGAUAUUAGGAUCUGAUCAUUGGACUCUUCUCGCUGGUAGCAUAAAUGGAGAAUUAGGUACUACAUCAACAUUACUUUAUUAUCCAUCAGAUGUAUUUCUCGAUCGUUUGGGUAAUUUGUACGUGGCUGAUACGUAUAAUCAUCGUAUACAAUUCUUUAUUUCUGGUCAAACAAACGGUACGACAGUUGCUGGUGUAACUUCAAAACCUGGUGUAGAUCCAAACCUACUUGACUUUCCUCAUUCAAUAGUAGUCGACAAUCAAUUUAGUUUAUAUGUUGCAGAUUCUGGCAACUAUCGAAUACAAAAAUUCUUACGUUCUUAA